GACUCCCUUCUCUGACGGCUGUUUUCGUUGCAUACGCUGCUCUGCGACUCUGGACGUGAAAGAAGCUCGCCAAACGGUGCAAUAUCUGGCGAGAUCAGCCGCGACUGUCAUACCACGCGCGGGGAAGCGCGCUACAUGGCGGUAUGAGUGCCCGGCGCAAAUUCCAGCACUCUGAGACUCCGGCGACGUCUUCUACACCCUCGAGGAAGCAAGAUCCCACCGUACCCGGAGAUGGCGGAGAAGACGUGAUCGAGUGCGUCCGCACGCAAUGGGUACAGGAUCGGCGCGAGGAGUUGGACAGGGUGUUUGAUACUCAUGAUACCCUCAUCCGCGAGGCCUUUCAUCUGGAGAAGUUUGUGUCGCUGCUCACCUAUGACCCAAAGGCUGCCAAAGAGGAUCGAUCCGACGUAUUCCAGCGGUAUCAAGCGCAAUACGAUCUCGUUGACCACAAUGCCUCCUCCGGCCCCUCCCGACGUACGACCCGGCGUGCUCACACGGAACGCCUACAAACCUUGAAAGUGCCUACCGUCACCGCGCCCCCGCCUACUCAGAAGAAAGCCCGCAAAACGGAGGAGAAGUUGGGUGUCGCCUUCUGGGACCUCAAGGCUGAGGCAAAGUCCAAGGGGAAGCAAGUACAUGCCAACGGUCAAGACGCCGCGUCCUCUCCUGUUGGUCCGCCUCGCAAGGGGAAGGGCAAGCAGCCUGUUGUGGAAAUUCUUGUCCCCCGGCCCUCAGUGCGCCGAGCAAAAUCUCCAGUUCUUGCCAAUUAUAGUGACCACGAGCCAGAAUCAGCUAGCACAUCUCAUGCCCCCGCCCACGGACUUGCGCCGCCACCGCCACGCAAGAAACGGCGCCUCACGCACCACGCCAGCACCGCUGAUCUUUCUGGACGCACCUCCACCCGCCAGUCUCUCAGAUCUGCUGCCUCUGUGCCCGAUCUCUCUUCUGCCGUGUCUUACGACCACCAUGGCGAGGUGUCUUCCAGCGCAGUGAACGGAGUCUCUUCAAUGGGACCGCCCGCGGAACCCCCUCCGUCCCCUACAAAGUCGACCAUACCGCGCAUAAAACUUAUCGUGCGGAGGCCCGCGCCCGUGUACACGCACCCUUUACAACGGCCAAAGCCUACUCCGUUUGGCGGAUCUAUAGAAACCCUUCUAAACUCGUUUACAUUCCGUCUGCACGACGAGGUCAAUGCCGAGCAGGUCGACGAGGAAGUCGAAGCCGAGCUGAAGGUCUGGCGACGCGUCGAUAAGCUGCGGAAGGAGGGGCGGAUGGUCGGAGAGCGUUCGUCGUUUGAGUACAAGCCAGCGGACGCAAAUGAUGCCUGGGGCCACAUUGUACACGAGAUCGAGCGGCCCGGCGCGAAGCUGGUAAACACGCGGCGGGGCGCGGCGAACGUGGCGGGCAAGGUGAAGGGACAUUGGACCGGGGAGAGCGACAGGGAGCGGAAGCGCCUCAGGGUGUUGGCGCGAACAACGCUCGAGAUAGUUAUAGAAGAGUGGAAGAAGGCGGUGUAUCAUAUACGGGAACAGGAACGACUGGAGAGGGAAGAAGAGCAGCGGAAGCUUGGACAGCAGCAUCUCGAUGCCAUCUUGGACCAGUCAGGCCAGAUCCUCGAGACACAGCUGCUCGACCUCGCGAGGGAUGGGGAUCACGGCUCGCGCAGCCGCUCCCGGAGCGUAUCCACUCCUGGCGCAGAUUGGCACGCUGCAUCCGGCGACGAUAGGUCUGAUGCUACCGAGGUCUCUGAUGACGAAAUCGCGAGCGAGUCGUCGGAGGUUUCCGACACCCUCGGUGUAGAUGAGGGGAUCAGCAUGUUGCUGACUGAAGAUGCACGCGCAGGACUAGUCACCGAAUCGCCUCGAAGCUCCUCUAUAGAGGCGAGUACGGCGACCCCCGUUCUAGUGGAUGACGAGGAAAGCGGCGACGAGGUGUUCACGGAGGUACAGCCAAAGCCCUCAGACCUUCUCACCGACGUUGUCGAUUAUGCCAGCAGCAGCGACCCCGGAUCCCCACGACAUCUCAUCGACGACUCUCUCAGCAGCCCGACCCGGUCGCCAAAUGCUGUGAAUGGAGUUCUCAGGUCGCCGACGCUCAUGUAUGCCUCGAAGGGUCCGAUUUCCAUGGAUAUCGACGACUCCCAGGAUUUAUUUGCAGACGUCGCCGCGCUCCCAUUCGCCGAUGUCACGCUGCCCCCGCCUCUCAACGGUCACGUUACCAACGGCUUUAGCGAUCUGCAUGACACCCUUGCGUCCGAGAAUGGGACAUCUCCCGAUGUACCAGGUGACGACGAGUCUUCCGCAUCCCUCGAUGCGUCUCUGCAUGUUACGCAGACACUUAGCACACCUCUGAACGGGAAGAAGAAUCACAUCACCGUCGAGAUACCCCAAACGCCUCUCGAAGAUGCCACGCCAUUCACCCCCGCUACUCCCGCCGUGGACGACCUGCCAGAGGAGAUCGACGACGACAUCGAAGAGGACUCGUCCAUCCCGUACUACCUCAGGCCGUACGCGGUUGCGCCCGUGGAGUGGGAUCCGCAGGCGAAGGUGAAGCCGCCGCAACUCCUGCGUGGCACGCUGCGGCCGUAUCAACAAGCCGGGCUCGAAUGGCUCGCUAGUAUACACGCGCGGAACCUGAACGGCAUCCUGGCCGACGAGAUGGGACUUGGGAAGACCAUUCAGACCAUCGCGCUCCUCGCCCACCUGGCGUGCGACCGGGGCAUCUGGGGCCCGCAUCUGAUCAUCGUCCCGACGAGCGUGUUGCUGAACUGGGAGAUGGAGUUCAAGAAGUUCUUGCCCGGGUUCAACGUGCUCAGCUACCACGGGAACACGAAGCAACGCAAGGAGCUGCGGCAGGGGUGGAACAACAAGUACCACUUCAACGUGUGCAUCACCUCGUACACACUCGCAAGCCGCGACGCGCAUGUUUUCAAGCGCAAGCGGUGGUACUACAUGAUCCUCGACGAGGCCCAUAUGAUCAAGAACUUCAAGUCACAGCGGUGGAACAUCCUGCUGAUGUUCCGCUCGUUCCGUCGUCUGCUGCUCACUGGGACGCCGCUGCAGAACAACUUGACUGAGCUCUGGGCGCUGCUGCAGUUCUUGAUGUCCGGCACCGACUUUGCUAACCUGAAGGAGUUUGGGGAGUGGUUCGCAAAUCCUCUGGAGAAGGCGAUUGAACUCGGCGCGGUGGACGAUGAGGUUCAGCAGCGCGUUUCGAAGCUGCAUACCGUUUUGAGGCCGUAUCUACUCCGUCGCCUCAAGCGCGACGUCGAAAAGGAGCUGCCCCAGAAGUACGAGCACCUUGUCAUGUGUCCGCUCUCAAAGCGUCAACGCUUCCUCUACGACGAGUUCAUGGCCCGCGCCGACACACGCUAUGACCUCCAGUCGGGUGUCUACCAGAAGAUCGCGAACAUCCUCAUGCAACUUCGGAAGGUUGUCAACCACCCGGACUUGUUUGAGGUCCGACCGAUCGUCACCUCGUUCGCCAUGCAGCGCUCUGCCAUUGCCGACUUCGAAAUCAAGGAGCUGCUCGUCCGUCGACGUCUCCUGGUUGAGUCUGACGAAGACCGCGUAAACCUCGAUCUCCUAGGACUGAAGUUCAUCGACAACCUAGGCCAGUCGGAGAUUGCAGUUCGGGAGACACGACGACUGGAUGCGACAGCGUACCUGCCCAUGAUCUCUGAAGUGCCGGGAGAGCCGCCUCCGGUCGAUACGCGUACCAUCGCGGGCUGGCGGAAGCACAGAGCAUACCAGGAGCGGGCCGAGACCAUCGCGCGGUGGACCCAUAUCGCCUACCUCAAUCGCCUUCGGACGAAUCAGGCCACUAUAUACAGCGCAGACACCCUUGCACUGGUGGGACGCUUCUACCAGCCGCUCCUGCCAUACGACGUGUCUACUCGUCCGACGCAGUAUCUCUCUACCCCUGAGAGGGUGCGCACGGCGAUCAAGUCAUUUGCCGCUAGAGCUGAAGAGAUGAGCUCCAUCAUCGACCGGUUCACGUUCGCGACUCCAGCAGUCGUCGCUCGAGACCUUCCUUCCAUCGCUCUGGCUGGCGUUCCCGAAGGCGUUGUUGAGUCCGUCAACUCCCCCCAGUUCGAUGCGACCUUGCACCGCGCGGCCGUCAAGCUGCAGAUCGCUUUCCCGGACCCGUCACUGUUACAGUUCGACUGCGGAAAGCUGCAGAUGCUCGCCAACCUCCUGCGCGAGCGCCGAGCGGGUGGACACCGCGUGCUCAUCUUCACGCAGAUGACGCGAAUCCUCGACAUUUUGGAGAUCUUCCUGAACUUGCAUGGCUAUCUCUACCUCCGCCUGGACGGUGCGACGAAGAUCGAGGACCGGCAGUACAUAACGGAACGCUUCAACUCGGACCCGCGCGUGUUCUGUUUCAUCUCGUCUUCCCGUUCUGGGGGUGUCGGCAUCAACCUGACAGGAGCGGAUACCGUCAUCUUCUAUGACAGCGACUUCAAUCCUCAAAUGGAUCGUCAAUGCGAGGACAGAGCGCACCGGAUCGGGCAAAUUCGCGACGUACACAUCUACCGCUUCAUCUCGCAGCACACGGUCGAAGAAGCCCUGCUCAGAAAGGCGAACCAGAAGCGCUCGCUCGACGACCUCGUCAUCCAGCGCGGCGCGUUCGACUGGCGCACGCUCCUCGUGACCGACGACGCGGACGCGCUCACGCGCGCGCUGGGCGAGUUCGAAGAUAGGGAGGACGCGGAGGCGGCGCAGAUCGCGGCCCGCGAGGAGCGCAUGCUCGAGAGCGAGGACGCGCAGGACUUCGAGGUGGACGCUGCCGCUGGGGAGGGGAGGAAGACCCCUGUGGAGAGGCGGGCGAGCGAGCCUGAUCUCUUAGGAGAGGUGCGGGAGGCGGACGCGGAGGUCGUGGUUGGGGAAGAGAACGCGGCAGCGGGGAGCGAGCCCGCAGAGCCCGAGGAGGGCGAGGAGGAAGAGGAGGAAGAGGAGGGGCGGACGACGGUUGACUACAUGCUCGACUUCAUCCGCCUCGACUGGGAGCAUUUUGGCGGCUGGAAUGUCUGAUCGUAUAUCACCGUGUUUGUAUGUGGCCCUCGGCCUUUGCUACUAUCUACGUGUCUACCGCUUGUAUGUCGUACUCUACCUUGUCCCUGCUUUGCCAUGCAUUCCGCCGUAAUGCCCCUGUAUAGCACCCCCGCUCUAAGUCCCCCACCGCGCGCGGGGUUCCGGCGUACCUGCACACAGCACGUCUCGACUAACGAUGCUCGACAUACACCUGCCCGACGAGUACCACACACGCCACGAGCAUCGCGACCGCCGAGAUGGGCAGGUUCAGCGCGAGGAACUGCCGCCCGCGCACAUGCACGCCCUUCUCGCGCAGGAUCCCGCGCCAGAGCAGGCCCGCGAGCGACGCGGAGAACGUGAGCGUGCACGCGCCGAAGUUCGAGCCGAGCGCGAGCGCGUACACCGCGCCGUCGCGCUCGCGGGGGGAGGGCGUGGGGGAGGCGGCGGAGAGCCAGAGUUGGAGGACGCGCGCGAGGAGGAUCGUUGCGCCGAUAUUCGUCCCGCAGAAGUUGCACAUGACGCACGCGAGGAAACCCAUGCCCCCAACGGCGCCCAGCACGCCCGUCGCGCGCACCCACGCGGCCCACCAGCGCGCGAAGAGCGCGACCCAGCCCUGCGCGGCGAGGCCCUGCACGAGCACGAACAUGAGGAACGCGAAGGGGAGGAGCGCGACGGGCAGGCGCGCGGCGAUGUGCGCGACCGUCGGGAAUGUGCGCGUCAGGCGAACGUACGUGCGCUGGAGGCGGGGGAGCAGCGCGUAUGGUUUGGGGCGCGCGGGCAUGGAGGAGGAUGGGGCGACGCUGG